AGCAAUACUGCUCCAGAGCGAAUCACGAUUAAUAUUGCGUUUGGUCCCAUAAUGAAUGUGCAUGUACAGUGUUUUAAAUUUUAACCUAUCCAGUUACUUAACUAUUGAACAUUUUCUCAGGAAGUUGUGAGUCAAAAAGCAGUGAAAUGAAGCUUCUGUUGUUAACUGCUGUCAUCAUCAUUGUUGUCAGAAAAGAGGUAUCUCCUUCUUUAGUGGAAGAAGAUAAGGUUUCAGGGAAAGUUCACACACUCUACUUGGCAGCUGAUGAUUUAAACUUAAUAGCUGAGAAUGGGCCACUAAGAAUUUAUAUACACAAUAUUCUAUCUUAUAAUAAUUACAAGGAAUUGAACAUCACCUUUUAUCUCAGGCAAAAUAAUGGCUGCCAAAUAUAUGCUGUUUCUCUUCAAAAGUUAUUUUCUUUCACAUUCAUCAAAAUGAGGGAUCAUAAAUCUUCAUGGAAUAGAAGCCAUGGUGGAUCUCCAUAUAUUACAGGAUUGUGGAUUGUUAGAACUACAUUGUCUACUCUCCCAGAAAGCUGGGUUCAGACAUAUGAAAAUGGAAUUAAAGUCCCAGGUGUCGUAAUAUUUGCAUUACAUUUUAUAUCAAAUACCACCUUGAUAAUGCAUGUGAACUUUUCUGAAAAGAACGGAAACAUCAGAAACGUGUGUGCAGCAUUUUCAAAAGAAAUCAGUCUCAGUAAAGAAAUAUGGGACUUGUAUGUGGAUUUUACUGCUUCAUAUGGAAUUCCAAUUAAAAAUAUACAAGAUAUCCUCAAAACUGAUACCUGCCCGCAGUGAACAUAUCAAUUUGGUUACAAGAUUGAGAUUGAAAAUCACAAAUACGAAGAUUGAAUCAUUUUUCUUUCUAAUUGUUCAUUUUCCUUUCCUUUGUAGUUUAAAUUUUCUUCUCUUGUGUAGUAGGUUCCUUUCUUUGUGAUUUGGUGAAUAAAUUAACAUUACCAGCA